UAUCUUUGCAAUGGACUUGCUGGCAAUUUCUUCCAACGAAAGAGCAGAAAUUUUAAAACAUUACGAUGUUUCGGAAGCACAAGUAAAGGAAGACGUAGAACUAAUUAAAUCCUGGAAGCAAAAACAACCACAUUUACCGGAAAACAUAUCAGAUGACUUCAUUGCGAGGAUCUUUUUAAGAAAUAAAUUUAGGGUUGAACGUACAAAAGAAAAACUAGAUAAUUACUUUACCCUUCGAGGUUACCACGAUGAUCUUGUUAAGGAUUUAGAAAACAUUGUUCCUUCGAAACACUUCAUUACGCACUUGCCAAUGCCAAAAUUAACUCCUAAUCAUGAACGUGUUAUUAUAAUGAAGCUGAUUAACAGAGACGCCGAAGUUUAUGACAUGAAGGAACUUAUAAAGUUGGAUUUGGCUGUGACAGAAAUACUAUUACAGUAUGAUGACAGUAUCGGGGUUCGAUAUGUGAUCGAUUUUGGAGGAUUUACAUUAAAACAUCUAACUAAAUGGAAUCCAGUUUUAUUACUUAAAAAUGUAACCCUCGUUGAAAAAGCAUAUUCUUGUCGUAUCAUGGGCGUUCACUGUGUCAACUUUCCUGAAUUCGCUGGUAAGAUCCUAGGAAUAUUAAAGACUGUGUUGCGGUCGAAGAUUUAUGAUAAGAAAGAAGAAAUGCAAGUUUGGAGUUUGACAUUAGACGUUAGUUUAAUUUUGCACCUUUCUGAAAACAUAAUUUUGUAA